CCACGCUGUUGCUUCCGCCACCGCCACUGCCGCCGUUAUCACCUUUGCUGUCCGCAAUUCAUUGCCGUAGCGUGUGAAGCUCCUCCUCUGGAAACCCCAAUUGAUGCCGCCAACGGAAUUUAUCAUGCAGUCCAUCUCCGCACCCAUCCCAGUCCCAGGAACCCAACAACUGCCAACCAUGCCCGCCAUUCCACCUGAUGGUGAUGUUGCGGCUAUUCCAUAUGCUGGCGGCAACACAAACUUAGCCGCGACAGGCCUCUUGCACAUCUCUUUAACGGACCAGAAGCCAUCAUGGAGCAUCAGCAGCGGAGAUAUUUCUCGGCCCAACAGCUCUGCCAGUAACCAUCACCUCCACAACCAGCCUCGCCAUAACAACAAUUACAACUCGAACAGUGGCCUGCGCAAAUUUCCGAGCAUUGGCAGCAACAAAAAAUUGACUAUUGAAAACACGAUGCUUAAGGCCAAGGUCAUCGAGUUGGAACGAUACGUGAAAGGGCUCAAGGAGGAGCUAAUCCUAGCCCGCCGCCAAAUCCAUGCGCAAAGGGCUGAAUUCAAAGCUGCAGAGGAGCACAAGACAGAAGAGAUCGAAGAACUGAACGAUCAUAUCCAGAAAUGCGAAUACGAACUGGGUCUCAAGAUUUUGGAGUGCGAGGAUCUGCUGCAAAGUCUGGGAGGGGGUCAUAGGGCUAUGGGACAGGGGACAAAUAAUACGAAUGCAGAGGGCGGGUACGGUCGAGUCGAGGUGCUUCUGAACGAGAAUGCGCGCAAAGAUGCUCAGAUUCAUGCGCUACUCGAGAAAGUUGACUGUCUAGGCACUGCGAUCCUUAAACUUGAACGUGAGAAGGCCUAUCUGGAGAGGCCACCUACCCCACCCGUCGACACAGCCCCCACCGCCCCUGCACACAAGAGCGCCAGUUCAUCAGCGGACGCUGCGUCCUCUUCGACAUUGAAAGAUCUAGUGCCUAUCACGGCGGCAGUGAUUAUUGCUGCGACAACCCCGAAUUCGCCCACUCACAACCCUACCUCUCACCUUCGAGAUCUAUCCGAUUCUGACUCCGACAACAGCAUCGCUACGAGCGAUAGCACUGCACCCAGUGCAGUCCAAAGCGACCAAGGUGCUGUCAACAGCGUUGGCUAUAACCUGGCGGUGGAGCAUCCGAAGUUGCUGUCCAAGUUCCAGGCUCUGAGGAUUCAGCAUGCUCAAGUAUCCGAGUACCUGGAUACACUGGAGAGUGAAAACUGGGAACUCAGGGUCCAGCUGUUGGGGGUCAACAAUGGGUUUGGAACAACAGCGCUUUAAAAAUAUUCACCGCCGUGUCGGCACAAAUCCUUUCCUCUUCAUUCACAAACACUCUUAGCCUUGUGCUGCGCCCAUGUGGGGGUAUUCAAAUAAAAUAAAUGCAUUUGCUCUCAAGCUUAUAACCACG